AUGGAAGACGACAAAGAAAAUAAGCUAGGAAGCCCUAGUGCUGUAGCAAGGGACCACCCCGGCGCCGUCGACAUUGAACGGGCCGAGGCUGCAACGAGAGACGACCGGGUGACCGUGGUGGACGCGAAGCAGCAGAAGCAGCAGCAGGAGUCACAGCACAUCGGAACGUUGGAACGCAAACUAAAAUCGCGCCACGUUCAGUUCCUCGCGCUGUCGGGCGCCAUCGGCACGGGGCUGUUCGUGGGCAGCGGCCAGGUGCUCUCGCUCGCCGGGCCGUUGUCGGCGUUCAUAUCGUACGCGGUUACGGGGUUCAACCUGUACUGCGUGAUCAACAGCCUGGGCGAGAUGGCAGCGUGGCUCCCGAUUCCCGGGGCGGUGCCUAUCUUCGCGGCGAGGUACGUCGACCCGGCGCUUGGGUUUACGCUGGGAUGGAAUUACUGGUACCAAUUCGCGAUUGGCGUGCCUAUCGAGAUUACAGUCUCGGUUGUGAUCCUGGACUACUGGGACCACACCGUUCCGCAAGCGGCUCUAAUCACGAUAUUCUUCCUCGCAAUGGUAAUCAUAAACUGUCUCCCCGUGCGCAUCUACGGCGAGGCGGAGUUCUUCUUCGGGGCCAUCAAACUGACCACCAUUGUCGGGCUCAUCCUCCUCAUGUUCAUAAUCACGCUCGGCGGGUCCCCCUCGGGGGACCGCAUCGGGUUCCGGUACUGGAACGACCCGGGCCCGAUGAACGAGUACCUUCGUCCGGGGGCGCUGGGCCGGUUCCUCGCGUUCUGGAAGGUCUUCAUCCAGGCGACGUUCUCGUACGGCGGCAGCGAGAUGGUGGUGGUGGCGUCGGGCGAGACGGAGAACCCGCGACGCAACAUACCCAAGGCGGUGCGGCGGGUGUUCUGGCGCAUCGCAAUAUUUUACGUGCUCGCCAUCUUCCUCGUAGGGCUGUGCGUGUCGUCGGAGGACCCGAAGCUGCUCAACGCCAUAAGCAGCAGCGCGCCGGGGGCGGCGCAGAGCCCGUUCGUCAUCGCGAUCCACAACGCCGGCAUCAAGACGCUGCCGUCCAUCAUCAACGGCGUGGUGCUCAGCUCGGCGUGGUCGGCGGGCAACUCCUUCUUCUACGCGUCGACGAGGGUGCUCUACUCGGCGGCGCUGGACGGCAAGGCGCCGAGGUUGCUCAGGUUCGAGCGGUUCGGGGUGCCGUACGCCUGCGUCGCGGCGACGACGGCGCUGAGCUGCCUCGUCUACCUCAACGUCAACAACCGCGCCGCCGAGGUGUUCUUCUGGAUCAGCAACCUCAGCGCCGUGAGCACGCUCAUAGUGUGGGCGAGCGUGUCGUACACGUAUCUGCGGUUCUACUACUGCCUCGAGCACAACGGCAUCGACCGCGACACGCUGCCUUUCAAAGCGCCGAUGCAGCCCUUCCUGGCGUACUUUGCGAUUUGCUUUUGUCUGGUGGUGGCAUUUUUCAACGGCUUCGACGCAUUCUUCCCGGGGCGGUUCAGCGCAAAGACUUUCCUGCCGCCGUACAUCGAUAUUCCGAUAUUCUUGUCCCUGUUUCUUGGGUACAAGUUUGUGAAAAAGACAAAGUUUGUCAAGCUGUCCGAGAUGGACAUCUGGUCGGGCAAGGCCGAGAUUGACCGACUCGAGCCGACGUGGCCAGUGGUCACGCCGCGGAAUUGGCUAGAGAGGAUUUGGUUCUGGAUUGCUUAA